AUGUGUCUGGUGUGUUUAUGUGAUGAUGAAGAAACAUAUUGAGGGAGACAACAAGUACCUGGGUAGUGUCCUUACUGUGGAGGUAAAGUGCAAAUGUUUGAUGUCGUCAGAAAAUGGAUGUUUUGUUUUGUUUCUCUCUGUUUCAAGAUCAAGAGUAGGUAUUUGUGUUCUUCUUGUGAUUGUCAUCUUGUUUUGUAACAUUAACGUUCUUAUAAACUAAAUUGGGAUAUUAUUAUUCAUGGGUUUGUUUUGUUUUGUUUUACAAUUGCGACAAUGACAAGAUGGACACAACAAUAACAUGAAACGGAUAUAAACAAGUUUGUAUGUACGAAGACAAACCUUUUUAUCUAGCAUAAGAAAAUUGAGACUAAUGAUUUCGUUUUGGAUUUUUAGCUAUCCAAACAAAUAAAACUCUUCCGAC